AUGGCGGACGAAAAUAACGAGAAAAGAAGAGAAAAAGUGAGAAAAGACGAAGGCUUGGAAAGGGAACGUCGCCGAUCGAGAAAUAGAUCGAAAGAUGGACAUGUAAAGAAGACGAAGGGAAAAAUAGAAAAAAGAAAAUCACGAAAGAGAUCACACAGUGAAUCUGAAACAGAUUAUAGUUCAUCAUCAACUUCAUCAAGCAAUUCAGAACAAAAAAAGGCCAAGAGAAAUAAGAGGGCACAUAAAAGAAGUUCAAGCAGUUCAUGUAGCAGUAGCUCAUCACCUGAAAACAAUAAAAAACGAAUGAAAAGGAAGAAGAAACACAAGAAAAGAUCGAGUAGUUCUGACAGUUGCUCAUCCUCAUCAGAUAGCGAUGAAAAACAUUCAAAAUCCAGACAUAAGAAAAGCAAGAAAAAGCUUAAGAAAGAAAAGAAAAACAAGUCAAAGAAGAAAUUGAAAAAGCGGAAACACCAAGGCGCAGUUGAUCAGAACAAGUAUGGCGCGUACGGAAUCCUGCGGGAAAGUGACUUGUUCGUCAAACAACAGGAGUUUUAUUGUUGGCUUCAAGAGGUCAAAAACGUCAAUUCAGAAACGUUGCCAAAAUUCGAAGCCCGAAAAUUGUUCGAGGAUUACAUGGAAGAUUAUAAUACAGCAACUUUACCACAUAAAAAGUACUAUGAUCUUGAAAAAUGGGAGGCAAAACGGCAAAAAAAGAGUGAAUUAAAAGCCCUGAAAAAAGCAAGAGAAACAUCAUUCUCGAUUGUUGAUGACGAAAAACGACACGAACUGCUGCAUCGUAGAGUGGACACAAAUAAAUACGCUGGACCAAGUCGACAACAGCUUCUAGAAAUGCAACAAGAGUUGAGGCGGAGACAAGACGAAGAAUACAGAAAAAAGGCUGGAAUUUCGUAGCAUAUUCAGAUUGCUCUCAUUUGGCAGAAAUCGACGACUUUCGUGAACGAAUUUCGCAAGCACGUCCUCAGUUCUGGCUUUUGAUGUGUGCCAACAAGAAACUCAACAAUCACGAGUUUAUAAAAUGACCAUAAAAUAACGAAUGACAAUACUUGAACUUGUACAAACUAAAUUCAACGCAACGAUAUACUCCGUA